AUGCAGGGCCCCAGCCUCAGCAUGCGCGAGGCGGCUUCCAUGUACGGCACGGCUGUGGCCAUCUUCUUUGUCAUCCUGGUGGCCGCACUACAGGGCUCUGUCCCUCCCAAGAGCCCCUUCCCCUACCACAUCCCCCUGGACUCCAAGGGAGUCCUGAAACUGUCAUGGAACAUCAGCUACGUCCAGGAGACUAUCCACUUCCAGCUUUCCGUGCGGGACUUCAGGGCCGGGGUGCUCUUCGGGAUGUCGGACCGUGGCGAGCUGGAGAACGCUGACCUCGUCGUGCUCUGGACAGAUGGGAACAGAGCCUACUUCGCAGACACCUGGAGUGACCAGAAGGGACAGAUACAUCUAGACACCCAGCAAGACUACCAGCUGCUACAGGCCCAGGAGACAUCAGACAGCCUGUCCCUGCUCUUCAAGAGAUCCUUUGCCACCUGUGACCCUAAGGAUUACCUCAUUGAGGACGACACCGUCCACUUGGUAUAUGGGAUCCUGGAGGAGCCAGUCCAAUCACUGGAGGCCAUCAAUACCUCAGGCCUGCAGACGGGUCUACAGCUCGUGCAGCUUCUGAAGACGGAAGUCCCUACACCGGCCAUGCCUGAAGAUGUGCAGAAAAUGGAUCUCAAGGCCCCAGAAGUCACCAUUCCUGGCGAGGAGACCACAUACUGGUGCCAUGUCAUAGAGCUGUCCCAGAGCUUUUCUCGGCAUCACAUCAUCAUGUAUGAGGCCAUUGUCACUGAGGGCAAUGAAGCCCUGGUGCACCACAUGGAGGUCUUCCAAUGUACUGCUGAGCUGGACAACCCUGACUUCAGUGGACCCUGUGACUCCAAGAUGAAGCCUGACCGCCUCAACUACUGCCGCCACGUGCUGGCUGCCUGGGCCCUGGGCGCCAAGCCUUUUUACUACCCAGAGGAAGCUGGCAUCGCCUUUGGGGGUCCAGGGUUCUCCCGGUAUCUCCGCCUGGAAAUUCAUUACCACAACCCUUUGAAGAUUCAAGGCCGUCAGGACUCCUCAGGCAUCCGCCUGUACUACACGGCCACCCUGCGGCGCUUUGACGCGGGCAUCAUGGAGCUGGGUCUCGUGUACACACCCGUGAUGGCCAUUCCCCCACGGGAGACCGCCUUUGUCCUGACGGGCUACUGUACGGACAAGUGCACCCAGCUGGCCCUGCCACCCCAUGGGAUUCACAUCUUCGCCUCUCAGCUCCACACCCACCUGACUGGGAGGAAGGUCGUCACCGUGCUGGCCCGGGAUGGUCAAGAGAGGAAGAUUGUGAACAGGGACAAUCACUACAGCCCCCACUUCCAGGAGAUUCGCAUGUUGAAGAAGAUUGUGUCCGUCCACCCGGGAGACGUGCUCAUCACUUCCUGCACGUACAAUACAGAUGACAGGGAGGUGGCCACAGUGGGGGGCUUUGGAAUCCACGAAGAAAUGUGUGUCAACUACGUGCACUAUUACCCCAAGACCGACCUGGAGCUCUGCAAGAGCGCUGUGGACCCCGGCUUCCUGCAGAAAUAUUUUCACCUGGUGAACAGGUUCAACAGCGAGGAGGUCUGCACCUGCCCUCAGGCCUCCGUCCCGGAGCAGUUCACCUCCGUGCCCUGGAACUCUUUCAGUCGCGAAACGCUCAAGGCUCUCUACAACUAUGCGCCUAUCUCCAUGCAUUGCAACAAGUCCUCAGCCGUCCGCUUCCAGGGUGAGUGGGAUCUGCAGCCCCUGCCCAAGAUCAUCUCCACACUGAAAGAGCCCACCCCGAACUGCCCAGCUCAUCGGGCUCCGGGUCCCGCUGGCCCCACCGUGGUUAACAUCGGCUGA